AAAUUUCAAAACAAAAUGGCAGGCUAGGACUGACUCGCUUGCUCGCUCGCUCUCUCUCUCUCUCUCGCCAUAUAUAUGGUAUGUUUGAGGGAGAAUACAAUCCCACCAGUAAUCCACUGCUAGAGAAGACUGGCAAACCCCAGGGCUUGAGUUUUGAAUUGUGAUUCAAACCCCACCCCCACUAAGAGAAAAGACUCAGUAAUAUGUUGGAUUAUCAGCUAGCAAGGUCUUCUUUCCGAGACUCCCUUAAGGCUCUUGAGGCUGACAUACAGCACGCCAAUUUUCUGGCAGCUUCAAUUCCCAGAACCAAGAAUGGUUCUUGGCUUCAGAUGAAAUUGGCCUACAAUAACUUAACGCCAAUAUUUCUUUUCUUUAUCCAGUGGAUGAAUUGCUCAUGUACAUAUCUGCUUCCCAGUUAUUUAAACCUUGUCCACAUAGUUAUAUACAAGGUGCACCCAGAAAGGCGACUAAAGAUCUCAUCAUAUGGAAGGAAAGCAACAUUAAGGGAAUUCUAUGCUGUGAUAUUACCAUCUCUUCAACAUCUGCAUAGUUAUUCAUCUGAGCUAGAUUAUGCUCAAGAGGAAGAUCAAAGGUUGCAGCCAGUUGUUAGGAAGAGACCAGAGGAGAGGAAGAAGCUUUUGGAUGUUGAUUUGGAGAGAGAGGAUGAAUGUGGGAUCUGCUUAGAGCCUUGCACCAAAAUGGUGUUGCCUAACUGCUGCCAUAUGAUGUGCAUAAGCUGCUUCCAUGACUGGAACACAAAGUCAGAAUCUUGCCCAUUUUGUCGGGUUAGUCUAAAGAGAGUGAAUUCGGGGGACUUAUGGGUUCUCCCCUGCAGAGAUGAUGUUGUUGACAUGGAAACUGUAUCAAAGGAGGACGUGUUGCACUUUUAUCUCUAUAUACACAACCUGCCAAAGGUUAUUCCAGAUGCUCUUUUCUUGAUGUAUUAUGAAUUCUUAAUCUGAUCAAAUGUAGAAGAGAUGAAUGAUGUACAGAGAUUUUCUGCAUGUCACCUAUAAAUGGAGUCCCUACCGAGUUUCAUGCUUAGAUGUAAUCUUGUAAGGUUCAUUGAAUAGUCAGCUCCCUGUUGAUGUUUGUGCAGAAUAAUGCAUAUGCUCAUUGUAAGAGACGUGAUGAUUCUAUGAAAUUUCUCAUUUUCUUCACCAA